AUGGACCAAGUAAUUCUCCUCUUGCUUUUAUUGGAAUAUUUAUUUAAGGCUUCAAAGUGUCUGGAGUGUGACCAAGUGAAAAAGCCUCCCAGAGCAGUCUGGCUGGAGUGGACUGCAUCACCUGAAGGAGAGGACCCAGACCAUUACCUUGUAACAUAUCAGCGUGCAGACACUGGCAGUGUGAAAAAUGUAAGAAAUGUUUCUAAAGUUGGAGAGAAAUCUGUCAGUACUACAAUGCUGCUGGAGGAAAAUAAGAAGUAUGAUGUGACAAUAGAGUCCCUAAAAAAUGGCCGAAUCUUAAGUGUGAAAUCAUUUCAAACACGUGCAAUUUCAGGAGAUGACAUCAAAACAUUUGUGACCACUACUACUGUGUCUUUUAACUGGAGUGCAACAGCCAAGGAGUUCUCAGCUUCAGUUUCAUUCAGUGAUACUUCUAAGAUUAUACAACCCCCCCAUGGAUUCUUUGUAUGGACUAAUUUGACACCAGCCACCGUGUAUACAUUUAAGUUCAUAUUUGACCAAUGGCAUCUUCAGUUUAUAAAAGUGUCUCAGUCACUGGAUGUUGUAGCUGAAACAGGCACCUGUUCCCAAGGGUGGGUGGCUUUCCAAAGCAGCUGCUAUCAACUGAGUAAGGAGAGCAAGCCCUGGAAGGUGGCACAACGGAUCUGUGAAGCGUCUUCACAAGGGGCACAUCUUCUUGAUAUAGGGAGUGAAGAAGAACAUGGGUUUGUUUUGUCUUAUCUCCAGAUAAGGAGGCAAAUCAUCCUGCUAUGGACAGGUCUUAAUGACCUAAAGGAAGAAGGUCAGCUCUUGUGGACAGAUGGAUCUCCUUAUCUUCUACAGGCUGAUGUCUCAACAUUGGCAAUGAUACCAGGGGAUGAAACCGACUGCUAUGCCCUUCUGAGAGAUCCCACUGCUCCAGGCUACUUCUUCACAGGCUUUUUCUGCUAUAUACAGCUACCAUAUAUUUGUGAAUAUGAAUUACCCCUGGUCCCAGCAAGCUUCACCUUCAAUGUGAGUGAUGUGGAGACAACUGCAGCAGCAUUUACGUGGAGUAAUACAGAGCUGUGGCUUAAGUCAGGCUUUGCACUUACAAUUAAGUACUACUCUGAUCAGCACAAACCAACCCUUAUGAACUUGCCUGUGAAUGCCACUCAAACACGAAUUGCGCAGUUGUCUCCAGGCCUUUGCUACAAUGUUUUGUUGGCAGCACGAAACCCAGAAGGGGCACAGACUGUCUUAACUCCCAUGCUGAAGGUGGAAACAAGACCAUUGCACUCCCAGAAGCUGGAGGCUACAUACGUCUCAUCUACAGAAAUACAUUUACAGUGGAAGCCUCCUCCACAUUCACCCACUGCUGCUUUUCAUCACCACCUCAUCAAUAUUUUGGAUGCUGAAACAAACCUUUGUGAACAGUUACCAGUUGAAAAAAGCAAGACUUCAAUAGUCAUAGGAAAUGUAAAACCUUAUCAUCAGUACCGAGUAUACUUACAGAAUGUAGCCGAAAAGGGAACCCUAAGCUGCCAUGAGGAGCCUGUGUUAAUCACAACAGCUGUCAGUCCUCCUACAGCUCUUUAUGUUCAACCAGAGAAUAUACAAGAAGAAAGUGUUAUCCUUCACUGGAAGCUGCCACAAGAGACUCAGGAAUCCUACAUUCAAGUGAAGCCUAAAGCAGCCAUAGGUGAAACUAAGAAGUUUUUAUUAAACAAUACAGAAGAAUUUAAAGUUGACCUCCUGAUUCCUGGAAUGCUUUAUGAAAUAGGAGUGGCAAGUGUGAAUAAUGGAAAUAUGAGUGAACUGAAGACCAUUCAAUGCACUUUAAAGCCCAAGCCUGUUCAGAUUGUGGUUCCUUAUGAGCUUUACAGCAAUGCUGUAGUGUUAUUUGUUGGCAUGCCAGAUGUUGGAGUAUUUGACGGUGUCUAUGUGACCAGUAAAGGAGGACCUAAUGUGACCUUCCUUUUACAAAGUGAUGGGAAAAUAACAGUUGAAAACCUUACUGCAGGAACAGAAUAUGAGUUCUUGGUCGCCACAAAAAGUGGCAAGAUGCUGAGCUCCUUUUACCAUGUAUCUGGUGUAAAAACAUGUCUGGCAGCUCCAGCCAACGUGUGGGAAGGCAGCGUUACAGACACCUCAAUCCAGGUUGCCUGGGAGCGUGCUGAAGGAGAUUUUCAGCAGUAUGAGGUCACAUGUGCAAACUGUGCAGGUGCUUUCAGGGUCCAGAAGGUGAAGCAAGAAUCAGCAGUGUUUUCCCAUCUUACUCCUGGUAAGCUGUACAGCUUUACAAUCCGAACAGAAAAGGAAGGUUUCAGAGACAGUGCUUUCGUGACAAAGGAAAUAGUGACAGUUCCAAGUGCAGUUAAAUAUCUGAACUAUAGCAGAGACUCUGAAUCAAUAACUGUUACCUGGCCACCAGCCCAAAAUAUGUUUGAUGGUUAUGUUAUUGCCAUAAAAAGCAAGGUCUUCAAUGAAGAAAAAAUGUUACCUUCUGGUAUAAGAAUGCACACAUUUGGGAGUCUUCUGCCAGGCACUGAUUUUUCAGUCAGUCUUGUGACAACCAAUGGAUUAAAAAGGAGCCGCCCCACUACCCUCAGGAUUAGCACCUAUCCUGAUCCACCAACAGAGUUGCAGGUAUUUGGGCAGGAAGAAAACACACUCUAUUUCUCUUGGAAACCACCAAGAGGAGGGUUUGAUAUGUUUCAGCUUUCCUAUGGUCUGGUGAAUAAUGAAAAGCUGCUUACUAGAACUGUUCAGGACAACAGAGCUGUGGUGCAAGAUCUGGCCUCUGGGACAGAAUACUUUUUUCAGUUAAGGACAGUUAGAGGCUUGGAUUCCUCUGUGGCUGUGGAGAAAAAAGUCAUCACAAAACCAGCUGGGAUAUGUGGUCUGGCCUUGAAAAUGGUAAAUACCUCAUCUGCAACUGUGGUGUGGAAUCCAACCAACACUAACUUCACUUCUUACAAAGCAACUUUAUCCAACACCACCUUUGUCAAGCAUUUCAAGAUUACAGGAGAAUUGAAUAACUUCAGUCUCGCUGACCUGACUGCAGGGGGCAGGUAUAAUUUCACACUGCAGAGGCUAAGAGGCAAUAUUGGAGGAGCUUCUGGCUUCCUUGGAAUCAUAACAGAACCUGCAAAGCCAGAUGGACUUCAAUUCUUCAAUGUUUCAUCACAUUCUUUUUCACUGUAUUGGAGACUACCCUACGGACAUGUAGACAGAUUUCACGUGGAUCAUGCUCCUAAUCAUGGUUCUGUUGUUAUCCUAGAUCUUGGAGUUAGGGAGUAUCAAGCUGAUUUCUCUAGUACAGUUCCUGGCACAACAUACAAUGUUACGGUUUCUGCAGUUUCUUCUUCAGUACACAGUUCACCUGCCAGUAGAACAGUGACAACAAACGUGACAAAUCCUGGUCCCCCCAUGUUCCUUGCAGGUGAAAGAGUAGGCUCUGCUGGGAUUCUGCUAUCAUGGAAUGCACCACUGCAUCCAAAUGGGAGAAUUCUCUCCUAUAUUGUUAAGCACAGAGAAGUCUGCCCGUGGAUGCAAAUGGCUUACACACAGGUGGCAGCAAAGCCAGACAGUUUGGAAGUCCUUCUUACCAGCCUUAAUCCUGGAACCACUUAUGAGAUUAUGGUUGCUGCUGAGAACAGUGCUGGUGUUGGAGUGUUCAGUGAUCCUUUUCUUUUUCAGACUGCAGAAAGUGCUCCAGGCAAAGUCGUGAAUCUCACAGUUGAAGCCUUAAAUUCUUCAGCUGUAAAUCUGAUCUGGUUUCUUCCUCGGCAACCAAAUGGCAAGAUAACAAGUUUCAAGAUUGGUGUGAAACAUGCAAGAAGUGGAAUUGUGGUGAAAGAUGUCUUGGUUAAAGUAGAAGACCUUCUGUCUGGGAGGUUACCAGAAUGUAAUGAUAACAGUGAAUCAUUUCUGUGGAGCACUACCACUCCUUCAUCAACUUUUGGCAAGUCCACAGUUCCUUCACAGGCUACAGUUACCAUGAGUCCAGAGGCACCAAGUCAGAUGAGCUCUGUGUGGAAUGAGCCAAUUAGUUUUGUGAUAACUAACCUGAGGCCAUACACCACCUACCUUUUUGAAGUGUCUGCAGUUACCACUGAAGCAGGCUACAUCGACAGCGCAAUUGUCAGAACACCAGAAUCUGUUCCAGAAGAUCCACCACAAAACUUUGCCAAGAGCAACAUUACAGCAAAGUCUUUCUCGGUGAUGUGGGAGCCACCAACCAUAGUCACAGGGAAGUUCAGCUACAGAGUUGAGCUGUAUGGACCAUCUGGUCAUAUUCUGGAAAACAGUACAAAAGAUCAGAAGUUUCUAUUUAGUAACCUGGUGCCUUUUACAACCUAUGAUGUGUAUGUCAGUGCUGAAACAAGUGCUGGAGUUGGGCCAAAGUCUAACCUUACAGUUUUCACUCCUUCAGAUGCUCCGAGUUCUCCUCCAGAGUCCCUCUCUGUAAAACAGUUGUUAGGUGUCACUGUGAAGUUGUCAUGGAAACCUCCACUGGAGCCAAAUGGAAUUAUCCUCUAUUACACAGUUUACAUCUGGAAUGAAAUGUCCCAAAGGAGUGUUAAUGUAACAGGCACCUCGCUGCAGCUCACAGACCUGGAAUACAACAGUGACUAUAGUGCUUACCUAACAGCAAGUACAAGAUGUGGAGAUGGCAACAUAACCAGUGACACCAUAACAUUCAGAACUUCUGAGGGAGCACCAAGUGAUCCACCAAAAGAUGUUGUGUACAGCAACCUUACCUCCACAUCAAUAAUGCUAUUUUGGACUCCUCCUCAAAAGCCUAAUGGAAAUAUUCUGUACUACUCAGUUUAUUUCAAAAAUAGUUCAGGACUAUUCAUACAGAAUUUUACAAGUUCUGAUACCAAGAGCAAUGUCAGCAUGUCCCACUCUGCAGUUCUGGAUGACCUGGCAAAAUACAGCCACUACAACAUGUGGUUAACUGCAAGCACAGCCUUUGGAGAUGGAAAUGAAACCAGUGGCAUGAUAGAUGUGUAUACAGAUCAGGAUAUUCCAGAUGGUUGUGUUGAAAAUCUGGUCUAUCAAAACAUUUCCUCAUCCUCUGUAAAUGUAAGCUGGCUUCCACCAUCCCAACCAAAUGGCUUAGUCUUCUUUCAUGUUUCUCUAAGUUUACUGCAACUGGGAACCAAUAAAAUGAUGAAGUCUUUCCUUACCUACACCACAAGCAUCGUUUUGGACCAUCUGGAGAAAUACACUGAUUACAUUCUGAAAAUCACACCAGCCACUGAAAAAGGAGCUUCUGAACUGCAUGCUCUCAGUCUGCAUAUCAGAACAGAUGAAGAUGUCCCAGAAUCAGCACCUAUAAUCAGAACAUUUUCCAAUCUCUCCACUACCUCAGUUAUGCUUUCAUGGGACCCUCCUGCUAAGCCAUGUGGUAUUAUAAUAAGUUAUGAUUUAAAUUUAUUUGGGCCAGAAAGGAAUAAUUCAUUCUCUACCACCAAUAAUUUUAUCAUCUUGGAAGACCUUCUACCAUUCACGUUAUACAGCAUUUAUGCAGCUGCAAGAACAAUAAAAGGACUUGGUCCGUUUGCCAUGCUUGAGUUCUACACAGAUGAGUCAGUGCCAUUAGCCCCACCUCAGAAUCUGACCAUUACCAGCUACACUGCAGACUCUGUGUGUCUCAAAUGGGAUCCGAGUCCCCAGCCAAAUGGUGUUAUUGUGAGAUACAAUUUUAAGAUUUAUCAGAACAAUACCGAAAAAAUCUUUUAUCAGAACAUUUCAGGUUCAAACCAUGAGGCAAACCUGGUUGGACUGGAACCAUUCAGCCCCUAUUUGAUCAGCAUCUCUGCGUUUACCAAGCUUGGGAAUGGAAACCAGUUCAGUAAUGCUGUCCAGUUCACAACAAUGGAAUCAGUUCCAGAAGCUGUCCAGAACGUUCAGUGCAUUGCAACAAGUUGGCAAUCGAUCCUAGUGCAGUGGGACCCUCCUGCUUCAUCCAACGGCAUCAUCACUCGUUACACCAUAACAGUGGGAGGAAAUUCUACCUCUCUUUCACCCCAUGAUACAGUGCAGACUUUCAGAAACCUGGUUUCCAAUAUGACUUACCAAUUUAAAGUGAGAGCUGCAACAUCUGCUGGGGAUGGUGAAGAACAGAUCUGCAAUGCCAGCACACUUCUAGAGAAAGUUCCCUCUGCUCCCAGGGACAUUGUUUUCUCCAACGUGCAAUCGACAAGUGUGACCUUGAAUUGGAAGCCACCAAAAUCGAUCUUGGGCUACUUUCGCAACUACAAGAUUACCACACAGCUACAGUCCGUCCGCUGCAGCCACUGGGAAGCCAAGGAGUGCAUUGAGUAUGAGAUGCAUCAAUAUCUGCAUGACAAUGUGGGCGAUGAGUGGAUAGAAGAGACAGUGUCUGGCCUGAAAAAAUACCGGUGGUACAGGUUCGCAGUUGCUGCCAGCACAAGUGUCGGUUACGGCAGCUCUUCGCCUUGGAUUUCAACACAAACCCUUCCUGGCUCUCCAGAGGGUCCUCCAGAAAAUGUGAUUGUUUUAGCUACAUCUCCUCACAGCAUUAAUAUCAGCUGGAGUGAACCUGUCAUCAUCACUGGACCAACAUGCUACCUCAUAGACAUUGCCUCAGUAGAUAAUGACAAUUAUAAAGCUCAAUUUCUGAAGACAACUGAUGAGGGUAAAGCCUUAGAAGUUUCUGAUUUAAAAGCCUUUACAAGGUACUCUGUAGUGAUCAUUGCCUUUACGGGAGAUGUUAACGCUGCACUCCUUGAGGGCAAGGCUAGUUCUCCAGUCAUUGUCUCCACUUUUGAAGCAGUGCCUGAAGACCCACCCAACAACAUAACCUUUCAGAAGAUACCAGAUGAAGUAACAAAGUUCCAAGUAACAUUUGUGCCCCCGUCUGAACCAAAUGGGAACAUCCAGGUGUACCAAGCUAUGGUUUACAAUGAAGAUGACCCUGCUGCCAUCCAGAUCCACAACCUCAGUGUUAUUGACAAAACAGAUCAGUCAGUCACUGCCAUGAUUGAAGGACUGAAGGGAGGAAAUACCUACAACGUCAGCGUGUAUGCAAUUAAUGGUGCAGGUGCAGGGCCAAAAAUUCAGUUGAAAAUAACCAUGGACAUCAAAGAACCACCACGGCCUAAAAAGAAACCAGCACCAGUUUAUGACACCAAUGGGGCACUACUCGUCACAGCUACCACAAUUACAAUCAGAAUGCCAAUCUGCUACUACAGUGAUGACCAUGGCCCUAUCAACAAGAUACAAGUUCUGGUUGUGGAAGCUGAAGCUCAGCAUGAUGGGAACGUUACCAAGUGGCAUGAUGCCUACUUCAACAGACCAAGGCCAUAUUUUACAAAUGAAGGCUUUCCAAACCCACCAUGUGUGGAGGGAAAAGAAGAUCUGAGUGACAAAGAUGAGAUCUACGUCAUAGGUGCUGAUACUACCUGUAUGGUACCAGGCAGUCAAGACAAAAUCUGUAAUGGCCCACUAAAACCAAGAAAGCAGUACCUAUUUAAGUUCAGAGCAACUAAUGUUAAAGGACAGUUCACAGAUUCUGACUACUCUGACCCUGUCAAAACAUUAGGAGAAGGACCGCCAGGAAGAUCUGUAGAAGUUAUCCUUGCUGUUACUUUGUGUGUACUUUCAGUUGUUCUUCUGGUAGCUGCAGUAUAUGCUUUUGCAAGGAUCCGUCAAAAGCAAAAGGAGGGAGGCACAUACUCCCCACGAGAUGCUGAAAUUAUUGACACUAAGUUCAAACUGGAUCAGUUGAUCACAGUGGCAGACCUGGAGCUGAAGGAUGAGAGAUUUACACGAUACUCUUCACUUUUCUUUAGACGCAAGGAGAUAUUUGUCAUCCAGUUACUUAGUUAUAGGAAAUCCAUCAAGCCCAUCAGCAAGAAAUCCUUCCUCCAGCACGUCGAAGAGCUUUGCACAAACAACAACCUAAAGUUUCAGGAAGAAUUUUCGGAACUUCCCAAGUUUCUUGAAGACCUCGCUUCAACUGAUGCUGAUCUGCCUUGGAACAGGUCUAAGAAUCGUUUCCCAAACAUAAAGCCAUAUAACAACAACAGAGUAAAACUGAUGCCUGACACUGGUAUUCCUGGAUCUGACUACAUUAAUGCCAGCUAUGUGUCUGGUUAUUUGUGUCCAAAUGAGUUUAUUGCAACUCAGGGUCCAUUACCAGGAACAGUGGGUGAUUUCUGGAGGAUGGUGUGGGAGACAAGAGCAAAAACACUUGUGAUGCUUACACAAUGCUUUGAAAAAGGACGGAUAAGAUGUCAUCAAUACUGGCCUGAAGAUAAUAAACCAGUGACUGUGUUUGGGGAUAUAGUGAUUACUAAAUUAAUGGAAGAGAUUCAAAUAGACUGGACCAUCAGAGAUUUAAAAAUUGAAAGGCAUGGAGACUGCAUGAUGGUGAGGCAGUGUAACUUUACCUCCUGGCCAGAACACGGAGUGCCUGAAACCACUGCACCAAUUAUCCAUUUUGUAAAGCUCAUCCGUGCAAGCCGAGCACACGACAAUACACCCAUGGUGGUCCACUGCAGUGCUGGUGUUGGAAGGACAGGUGUUUAUAUUGCCCUCGACCAUUUAACCCAACAUGUAAAUGACCAUGACUUUGUGGACAUCUAUGGACUUGUAGCCGAGUUAAGAAGUGAAAGAAUGUGCAUGGUACAGAAUCUGGCACAAUAUAUAUUUUUGCAUCAAUGUGUGUUGGAUCUGUUGGCAAGCAGGGGAAGCAGCCAGCCCAUAUGUUUUGUAAAUUACUCAGCACUGCAGAAGAUGGACUCUCUGGAUGCCAUGGAAGGUGAUGUGGAGCUGGAGUGGGAAGAAACUACCAUGUAA